AUGAAGAUUACAUCCAACGCCACAACCUUUCCUUCGACAAAAGCCGCCUUCUACAACAAGAAGCGAUCCCCCUCCGCGGCAUCGUCUUCGUCGUCGUCCUCGACGUGCUCAUCGGCAUCGUCAUCGGGCGGCUCGAGCAAACGACGCGACUCGCCCCUGCGCGACUCGAUCAAGCGCACUAUGCCGGAGCUCAUGUCCGCGCAGAUGCAACGACAGCAGGCGAUUCCGCGGUCACUCGCAGAUCAAGAAAUGCAAAGCUUGCUCGAACUCGAGUACCGCGACGAUGUGCGAUCCUACAUGCACGAGAUGCAGGUCAGUGCGAAAAUCCUCCCGGCGCGCGCCCGACCAGGCACGGGCUGGGCUCCGCCGCCACCUCUCGGGACGCGAAAAUACUGAUAACUGCCAAUCCUCUUCACACGUAUCUUUUCCUCCCCUCUGCCUUAUUCGCAUUUCCUUUUCGUGCAAAACAGGCGAAGACAAUACCAUCGGUCGAACUGAUUGAACAGCAGCCUGAGCUCCAGUGGUACAUGCGUCCUUACCUCGUCGAUUUUCUGAUCGAGAUCCACCUUCAACACCGACUACGACCCGAGACACUCUACCUCGCGCUCAAUAUCGUCGAUCGCUACGUCUCGAAACGUAUCGUGUUCAAGAAGCACUACCAGCUCGUCGGAUGCGCCGCUUUGUGGAUCGCAGCCAAGUUCGAAGAUGCCAAGGACCGAGUGCCUACCGUGCCCGAGCUGUGCCAGAUGUGCGUCGGCGCCUACGACGAGUCGGCUUUCAUCCAAAUGGAGGGUCACGUUUUGACGACAAUAAACUGGGUCAUCGGUCACCCGACGGCCGAGGCUUGGUUGCGACUGGCGUGUGUGACGGGCCCCCUCGAGAGCCAGCGCACUCAGCACGUCGCUCGCUACCUCAUGGAGAUCACGCUCUUCCAUAAGGACUAUAUCCCCUUCAACCCCUCCGACAUCGCCCUCGGGUCCCUUUUGCUUGCACGAUACAUGCUCGGACAAAGUCGACGCGUAAGUUGUCUUUUUCUCGUGUGACGGAGCAAGCGCGGCGCGUGGUCCCCUCCCCACCCGUGGUGCAGGGGCUCCAUCACCUCGACGCGUCCCGCGCAUCCUGGCUGACCUUCGGCCCGCGUUAUUUCGCUUCCCUACGACAGGUCUUUGACGAGUCCGAACGCGUCCUCCAAAUUGCAUCGAUGCUCGAUGAGUGCUUGUCCGUGCACAUCAAUACCGUUUCCGCCAUCGUCUACAAGAAGGUGAGUUGCUGUGCCCCGGCAUCGUGCCGUAGGCGCGUUUCGCACAAAACCAGGAGCUGACGUUCCCCAUCCUCGUCGGUCGGUUGCAGUACUCGCACCAAUUCUACUCCCGUGCUUCCAUCUUUGUCAGCGAAUGGUCUCUUUCCGGUCGUCGCUUCAACUACUACGAGUGGACCCACCCCGCCGCGACGCCCUUGCGCAAGCACGUCGCCGGCUCCUCGGGCCGAAUGUCAUCCUCCCCCGCUGCACCUUCCUCCGAGAUCCUCGUAUCGUCAUCACCCGCAAGAUCAAUGUGCGACACCGUCUCAUCACGCAGUGGUGCCUCAUCCGACGAUUCUUGCUUUGAGAGCGACUGCGAGCCUCUGACACCGCUCACGCCGCUGCCACCUUACGAGCACCACUCGUCUGCGACCGAGCCCACUAUUCUCUUCGCGCAACAACAAAGCUGGGCAUCGCAGUCCAUGCACCGUCAAUCGCACGAACCCAUCGGGAAGGAGAACUUGCCGAGACCGGUUAAGUCGCAGCAACCUCGAAGUCAUGUCGCGUACCCGGCCGUCGUCCGGCCACCUUUGGCGCGCUCGUCUCGCGAGAUGAACGCCGCGCCCGUCCUGCCGCCGGCUGUUCACCGUCGUUCCCCUUGUCAACAAUCUGUCGCAUGA